AUGCAGACUGGUGAGCUCGUGCGGAUCUAUAAAGGUCACAAUCACGCAGUGACUGUGGUGAAUAUCCUGGGAAAAGUGAUGGUGACGGCUUGCCUGGAUAAAUUUGUUCGUGUCUAUGAAUUACAGUCCCACGAUCGACUGCAAGUCUAUGGAGGACACAAAGACAUGAUUAUGUGUAUGACUAUCCAUAAAAGUAUGAUUUACACUGGCUGUUACGAUGGCAGUAUUCAGGCUGUGAGGCUAAAUCUGAUGCAGAAUUACCGCUGCUGGUGGCAUGGUUGCUCUCUGAUAUUUGGCGUUGUAGACCAUUUAAAACAACAUUUGCUGACUGACCAUACGAACCCAAACUUUCAAACUCUGAAAUGUCGCUGGAAGAACUGUGAUGCUUUUUUCACUGCUAGGAAAGGAUCCAAACAGGAUGCUACAGGACACAUUGAACGACAUGCUGAGGAUGACAGCAAAAUUGAUUCAUGAAGUUUUUUGCCUCCCAUGUUGGGAAGUCAUUAGCUGAACCGAUUUCACAUUGGCCCCUCACACAGGCCACUCUCUUCCCUUCCCCAGUGAGGCAGGGAAGAACAAAGUGAUUACUAGCCAGGCUUUCCACUAGCGUAAGUCUGGGCAGCUCUAUGGAAUGAUAGGUUACACUUUUAAGUUCUUGCUGGAGGUUUGUCAGAUUGAAACAGGUUUUAAGGAACCAUACUCCUCUGGGACAGCAUGGCAUAUAGUCAUUUAUGCUACUAGUGUUCUCCAGAUGUUUAUUAAAAAUACAGAUCUUAAUUGGUUCCCCAGUUUGACCUUAAUCAUAUGUAUUAUUGAUUUCAGUUUGUGAUUUUUAGCUUAUGUUCUUAUGAUGGUUUAAACCUGUAGUCAGGCUUUUAAGUACCAAUUUGUUCAAAUGCUAGAUUUUUAGGAUCAGUUUUAAUUUCUUCAGUUGUCAUAACUGGGUAUUGAAAUUGGAGCAGAUUGUUUCCUUUCUUAAUAAUUAUGUGCAGUGUAUUUCAAUAGUCUCCUGCUUUGUAGAUGGACAGAGCUGGCUUUAAAUGCUAAAGAGAGAGACAGUAGAUUUUUCACAGCUAGUGACUGCUCUGCUGACUAUAUUUUAGGAACUCAGACAGCAAAUCCCAUAAUGACAAGUCCUUACAGACAGCACUACCCAGUGAACCUCUCUGCAAGUUGUACUAGAGUGCUUGGCUCCAGGCAGCAUGCAGAACUAAUAUCUACCUGGAAAUUUGCUGUUAGACCUGGGCGCUCACUGCUGCAGGUAUUGUCAGGCUGUUUGAACCAGAAAUGUAGCCUUUAUCUCCUUUUCCAGGUUUUUGACUCUCCAAGGCUGCUGUGGGUUCGAAACCUUUUAGUUUGCUCCAUCGCCACCUCUCUCAUUCUCUAGCUGUGCUUAGAUGGAUGGCAACCAUCAGGUACUUCCCCUAGUCUCACAGCAUGCUUUCCACUCACCUGCAGCACCCAAGAUGGGAGAGUUAGGAUAAAGCAUCUGCAUUCAGUUUUUAGGACCUCAGGCAGGCUUCUUAGAGACUGAUUUCUGAAACCAUUGUCUUACCUUCACCUCCCACUCGUCGAGAAAGGAGUGGAACCUGGUGAAGGUAGACACUACCUGUCCAUUGAGAGCAGCCACAUUAACAAAGCCUUGGUGAGACUGCUUUGUUUUUGGAUUUUCUCUGGACUCUUAAGAGAAGCUAUAGGAGUUUUGCUUUCCAUUCCUUUGUUUCUGGAUUCUCAAAACUCUGAGAGAUUCUUCAGAGAGAGAGAGAGAGAGAGAGGAAGAGAGAAGAGCCCAGUGCCACACAACCAGACUUUGGGCUGUGGCUCCUACUGUUUACUUUGAUUGCAGAGCAUCCAUAUUUCUCCCCUCCCCUGUUAGCACACAUCUGCUCACAUGUCUCCUUCAGUCCGGCUCUAGGGCAGCGGGACUUUAUGGGGGUGGGACUGGGGCUCAUGGAAAGGUUUCAAGAGGGUAUGCGAACUCCCUGUAAUUGUAUGUAAGACAAAGUAUGUGUUCUUUUUUCCAGGAAAGGCUCCAGGUAGCUCUUACUGGAUCAAAAAAACAUUAAGAACCAAUCUAGGAGCUACUACUAGAUAAUGAUUGACUCCCCCACAAGCUGUUUACUUCUGUCUUUGGAAUGGGAAAACUCUUUUGUUGACCACACUAUUGAGAUUUGUGUGACACCUGAGAGAGAACAGAGAGGAUCCUGUUGCAGAAAGAGUAUUUGUGCUGUUUCUUUAUGAGACUAAAAAGCCUUUCCCACCUCUGACCCCCAUUUCCUAUACUGGUGACCAGAGGAGCUAGGCUGUUCUGCGGGUUUGGGAAUGGUGAUUUCCCAGGAAAGUAUAUUUGGAUUUACUGCCAAACCUGGCAUUUUUCUCUGGGCUGUAGGGAAGCCGCAUUUCCAAGUUGGUUGGGCAGUGUGCUGAGAAAGUCUCGCAUGCUCUGUUACAUAGGUGCCCUUCUGUCCUGCCUGAGGACGUGUCUGAAAAGAUGAGAGUGGUAGGGCCCUUGUAGGGCAGGAAGGGGUUAUGUGAGGUGUUGGGCAAUCGUGGGGAACCUUAGCAGGUCUGAACAGACUGAUAAAAUCAGGAAGAACUGAUUUGCGUUUAACUUGGAUAGAACUGUGCUGUCUGCCUUUGUGUGUGCGGGUAUGACUGUUCCUUGUACGUGUGUAUGCAUGUGGGCACCUACACUUGUAAUACUUUUCCUCGUGUCACAAACAUUUUCUUUGAAGCAGUGGGAGUCACGUCUUUGUUUUAAGGAUGUGUACAAUUCAUUUAACACCAGGUUGGUGUGUUACCCGAAAUGCACUAUCCUAGCCCCCUGUUUAGAAAUAAAGGCACCGUAAGCACCUUGGCUGCUUAUAUAUAGUUGUGUGUGAUUACUUCUAAGUGUCUUGACAGUAAUGCAGAACGUUGGCUGUUUUUAAAUCUUCUACAGUGUCUUGACUGUUUCUAGCCCUCCUUCUCCCCUCAGAGAAGAGCUGUGGCUCAGGGAUUUGCAAUGACUGGUAUUUAGUACUGAAUGAAGAAAGGAAACGGUUACAUGACGUGACAAAACCCGACUCGUUUCUUAUAAGGAGUUGGAGGCCAUUUUUUAGGAUGUUGUUUUUAGUUACGUGUGCCUACUUCUAGCGGCUAAAAGCCAAGGAAACCACAGUAUAAAUCCUUUUAUGUGCAUAUGCUAGUGUUUUAAUGGCAGUUCUGAUAAAAUAUCAGUCACUUCAAGUUUUCAUUCAGGUUUAAAAUGUAUUUUGGCAUACUCCUCUACUCGGUUAUAAACAGUUAAACACAAUGCAAGCAAAACUCUAAGAACAAAGAAUUAUCUUGACCUGAUAUUACUUGAAUUUGAGAGAAUGUCGUUGCUACUACACUUCUGCUUUUGUGGGGAGAUUUUUUUUUUCUGCCUCAGAAGAAUUAGCAGUUGAGUGUUUAGCUCCUGACCUACCUAUAAGUUAUAGGCAAUAUCACUGCUGUUUAAGUGGUUAUUUGCCUAACAAAGAUUUUUUUUCAUUUUUGUUUUUUGGGUUUUUUUGGGGGGGAGGGGUAGGUUAUACAGUGGACAACUUUAGCGACUAGGUAUGUGGAUGAUUUGGUGGGAGUAGGUGUAUAACAUUUAGUGGAAUGGUAUGGUGUGCUUUAUGGAAGAGAAUUCACUGGAGGGGAGAUCAAAGUAUAUUGUGAAGUGAGAUUUGAACAGCACGUUCCCUCUGGUUUGCUCAAAUACCUUCAAUUUAUAUACGCUGACUUAUAGACGUUGUACCUGUUACCUAACGGAGAGCUCAUAGACCUGUUUUGAAGGCCAUGCCUGCCACAUUGGAUGAAAUAGUGAUUUUUUUCCCUGCCCCAAAUCAUCAUGGUCCUCAGGAUUGCAGAGAAGAUUUCUAAUGGAUAGGAAUAGAAGCCAUGGUGGAGGUAAUUUGGGCUAUAGUGAGUUCCAUUUGCAGGUGGAUGUGAAAUCCUGAUGUAAACCAAACCUACUACUUAUCAGAAAGUAACCACUAACAACACCUCCAUCUCACAGUUAUGUGGUGCUGCUGUGUCACAUGGCGACUGAAGUUUCCCAGAUUUGCUCAAAUUUAAAAUAGUAGCCCAAUUGGAUUGGAGGAGGAGGGAGUCAAGGAGGAAAGGCUGUUGAACAUCUUUCUCCUGCUUAAGAGAAACACAUGCCCUAGAGCUGCUCCAGCACCCCUGAUACCUAAAUUUUUUUUUAUAUUGAAUAUGGAUUAGACGAAUGAAAUCGAAUGACAUUUGACUGCAAAAAAAUGUUUAUAAGCAAAUAGCUUGGCCUUCUUACAUUUUGGUAUAAAGCUGUGAACUUCAUAACUUUGUAAAGCAAGAAGAUAUAAAGCAAAUACAAGAGGAAAAUAAAGUACUUUUACUAAUUGUUUA